AUGGCAUACAUAGUGAGAACAUUUAUCUACAGAUAUUAUAAGAAUUAUCUUUGCUCAGUCACAGGAUUAUUUUUUAUAUUCCUCAAUAUAUUUGCUUUAGUUUUUCCAUUUUUAUUUGCAACCAGCACAGGAGGUAAAUGAAUUAAAUAAUGAAGAAUUUUGGCAAAAAGUAAAAAUUGCAUCCGAAUAAACAUAUAUCUCAUUAAAUGGUAAUUAUAUCAUUUAAUGUCAUUCUGGGUUUUUGAAUGAAACAUCAUCUAAUAUCAUUAAAGUUACAGAUUAAGAUUACAUAGAUUUUUAAUAUAUCAAUGAAGAUUAAAAUUAAGAUGGCAAAACAGAUUUUAUCUAAUUUUAAAUUAAUUUCAUGCCAUAGUUUAAUGCUUAACAGUGCACAUUGAUUUUAUUCUCAAAUAUCGGAGUCAGAGUAAUAUAAUCAAAAAUAAAUAGAACACAUUGAAAUUAUAGAUGAUAACCCCCUUAGUAUUUUCUUUUAAUGAAGAUUUUGAGAAUUAUGCUAUUCAUCUUUUUGGUUAGCUUUAAUUUUAGUAAAAGUAAACACUUCCUCAACUAACAUCAACAAAAUUAACUUACUAUAAUUAAGAAACAACUUUUGAAUAUCCUUUUAAUUUAUUUGAUUUUAAAUUAGAAUAACUUUCUUAAAAUGAAACAGUUAUUCCAAUAUAUGAAUCAUUUAAAUAAAGAAAAGCCCAAUCAUAAGAAGUUUAAAUCACGGGACAACUUAAGAUUUAGAACUUUUAGCAAUUAUAUUAUAAACCAACAGUACUUCAGAGCUUUAGGGAAGUUUGGAUUCAGUAUAUUUACAUAGCCCUCCCAACUUUUUAUUUAAUUUCAAAAUUAGGAUCAUUUGCUUUAUAAAAAAAGAUAUUUUUUGCCCAUCAAUAAGUUUAUAACGAUUAGUAUAAUACAAUUUGA